AUGGCAAUGAUACGUUGUAAGCAACUUGAAGUUGAAGGGGACAAACUUGAUAGACUUACCAAUCUUCCCAUCAAUGUGCAACACCGGAUUCAAGAAAGCUUGUUUAUUGAGGAAGCCGCAAGAAUGAGCGUUUUGUCUAGACCCUGGAGACAUGUUUGGGCUUCAAUCCCCAAGCUUGUAUUUUCUCCCCAUUUUUGCCAGAGCAAGCCAUCAGAUACAUUAAUAAACGUCAUUAAUACAAUUCUCUUGCAGCACCAUGGAGCCAUUAAGACAUUCCACCUGAAUAUUUCAUCAAUACCUUCUUCCCAGCACUCAGUUAUCGAUCAAUGGAUGUUUUUGUUGUCAAGAAAUGGUGUCAUGGAUCUCACCCUUCAGAAUCUAGACAAUAAAGCUCCUUAUAGAUUGUCUUACCCUGUGUACGGUGUGGAACUAGAAAGGUUGAGCCUGUCCAACUGCAUUUUCAAGCCGCCAUGCAGCUUUAGGGGUUUCCACAAGCUCAAAAAGCUUUCACUACUCAAAGUCGCCUUGGAAGACGUUGCUGUUAAGGGGUGUAGUGGUUUUCCUAAUUCGAAAAUAUAUGCUCCAAAACUUUUGCAAAUAUUUUUCCUUAUCUGGCGCACCAAACCCAUUGAGUUGGGUCAUUUUAUGGACUGUCAGAAGCUGAAAACAGUUAUACUUGCAUCAUCAAGAAACAAUAAAGAUAAAGUGAUAAACUUGACCUAUCUUCUCAACUGCUGGCCUGAAGUUCUUCAUUUUAAUCUGGACAGUUACUACCUCAAGUCUUUUGCUACUGAAUUAGAGAGGCUCCCCACAUGCCUCAAUAGCUUGAGGGCUCUCACUUUAUUUGAGUUCGAUUUUGAUGAUGAUGAUCAAAUAUUUUCUCUUCUAGGAAUGCUUAAAAGUUCUCCCAAUUUGGAGGACCUUCUAUUUCUGUUGAGCUCGAAGAAGAAUGGUGGCGUGGAAGUCAAUGUAAAUCAUUUUGAAGGACCAGCUUGCAGGACACUAGGACUCAACAAGCUACAACAAUUGAAAAUAGAUAACUUCCAUGGUUCAAGAACCGAAAUGCUCUUUGUAAGGUCUAUACUUUCCUCUGCACCUUUACUCCUGAAGACCAUCAUUAAUGAAGACGCAGACAGUGUUCAUGAAAGCCAACGCUUGAAGAUCUCAAAGGAGUUGAUGGGGUUUCCUCGGGCAUCUCCUAAAUUGGAAAUAAUAUGUGAACAAUCAGAAAUGGACACGGAUGUGCUUUAUUGA